UCAUUUGCCCUCCGCUGAUUGGUCCGAAUAGUUGUGUCAUAUACAUGCACAGAGUGAAGCUGUCAGAAACAAGAUUGCGCCAAGGAAAUAAAAACCGGAAGUUACGUUGUCAUCAAUAUGACGCAGAACAUAACGAGAACAACCAAAGCUGAAGUCGACAUGUAAUUGUACACGAUAUGCCGCAAGAUAGAAAUUUGGCCAGUAUUAAGGUGUUCUUCACGAGUGUCGCGAGGAAUACAGUGGAACGGGAAUGGUGUAACAUCCUUGGUCUGGUGAUCCACGCAUAAUGGUCUACGACGUUGCAGCUGUUGUUGUCAGCGUCAUCGUCCUCACGGGUGUGGUUCUCAUCAUCGUCGCUGGGCUAUGUACAAGCAGUUGGUGUUGCCAACACAACACUGAUACAACCGCCGGCGAGGGCAGGUCCUCCGUCGCGAACGAAUAUGUCAAUUACAAUCCCAGGGGAAAUGGGAAAAGCGAGAAAAAGAAGAAAAGUUGGAAAAACAGAUUUUCUCGUGCGAGUACAAGUUGUGGCAAUCCUGACUAUGAUGACGCCCACAUAUAUGAAGACGUCACAACGCGGCGACCAAGCGUUAAGAAGGAAGAGCCAUGCAGGGGCUACUUGUCCAUGGAGGUGCUGAAGAUUACUCCGAGUCCAGCGAAUACGUGUCCGAGAGUAGCAAAGAGUAUGUACAUCAGUGACGUCAACUUGCAAUAGAAGCAGACAGACAGAAAGAGAGAUGUUUAUCGUGAAAGAAGACUAAACCCUCUUUAAAUCGUCAAGCAUACGUUACUGCGCAUACCUGCCAACUCUCACACUUUUGGAUUGAGACUCAAGCUCUCACGAUAAAACUGAUUAAUGUCACGCCAAACUGGGUUUAUGCACAAAUUGACCACUUAAAAUCACACAAAUAGGGGCCCAUGAAGAUCCGGGUUAGAAUGAAUCUUCAGUAAUCCAUGCUUGUCGUAAGAGGCGACUAACGG